CUUACUUUUGGUUAAAACAUAAAAAGUGGUUUUUCACUUUCUUUACCAAAAGCCAAAAAUCUCUUUUUCUCUAGACAAACAUUUUAAUUAAAUUGAACUUUUCCUUACUUUUGGACGUCAUAAUUUCCUUGAAAAUAUUCCAAGGAAUUUUUUCAUGUGUGAAUAACAACGUAAUACUAGAUUCUUCAACAAAAAUGGAGAAACCAAAAUUAAUUGCCUUCGAUUUGGAUUAUACAUUAUGGCCAUUUUGGGUAGAUACCCACGUUAGACCCCCAUUUAGAAAAACACCUGAAGGUGCUGUUAAGGAUUCAAGAGAUGAAAAAGUUAAAUUUUAUCCAGAAGUACCAGAGGUUUUAAAAACCCUUCACCAGCAAGGAUACAUAUUAGCUGUCGCUUCACGAACUCCUGAAACGGCUGGAGCAAAUCAACUUUUAAAAUUAUUCGAUUGGGAUAAAUAUUUUAACUACAAAGAAAUCUAUCCGGGAUGCAAAGAUAAACAUUUUAAACAGAUUCAAAAAAAUUCUGGUCUACAAUUUUCUGAAAUGUUGUUUUUCGAUGAUGAGCAACGUAAUAUUGUGGAUCUAAGUGCACUUGGAGUAACAUCAAUUUUAGUAGAUGGUGGUGUCACAAAGGAUGUUGUCUUACAAGGUCUUAACAAAUAUCGAAACGAACAUUGUAAAAAAUAGGUUUUUAAUAGCUGCGUUUAGCAGAAUUGAGCGCUCGGUUAGUGUACGCACUGCACCCCAUGUAUCUAAAAAAAUUUGGUUGUCUAGAUAUAUAGCGAGCGCCCAGUACGGAAAAACGAAACAAUUAUUUUAGUCCAAUUUUACACAAAACUUUUUGUAUUUUAUUUUGUAAAAAUGUAUUUUGUAUUUAUUUAUAUUAUAAAAAAUAAAUUAUUAAAACUAGUUCCAUUCAAACGCUAGCUAUAAUUUUACUAGCAUGAAAACGUACAUGCAAUCACGUGAUAGGAAUUUUAUAAUAUUAAUAGUUAGCGUAUGACUAAACUAUGUUAAAUCAAUAGAUUCUUUAA